CCGCGGGCGAGGCCGGAACACGGUUAGCGGACGCUGUUGUCCGCCGGAACGCGAAUGGAGAGGAACGCGUCAGGCCGAGGAACGGACGAGAGAGGCGGGGGACGCGUUUGGCCGACGACACGCUUUUCCCGUUCGCAUGUCGCUUUGUUUCUGGGCAAUGUUUCCAAGAGUCUCUGCGAUCCUACCUCUUCGCCCUCUUUCCCGCCUCCCUCUGUGCCCUGGAGGCCCAGAGGGGUCGGCGCCCGCGACUGUGCUACUCGGUGCUCCGCACGGACCCGUCAGGACAAAAAAUAAUAUCCAAAGAUAUUUUGGUACUAACAAUGUGAUCUAUAGCAAAAAAGAUGGGAAAUCCAUUCCAACCCAUGAGAUUUCCAAGCAGCCAGAGAGGCAAGACAGUGUAAAGGAGAGUUCGAAAAAAGAUUUGUUAAAUAUUAUUAAGGACAUGAAAGUUGAAUUAAGCACAGUAAAUGGACAAACCACAAAGCCGCCCAACAGAAGACCGCUUAAAAGUUUGGAGGCUAGAGUUGGCAGACUUCAAAAAGCUACAGAAGAUGCCCCAAGGAAGAGAAGUGAGUCACUGAGUCCUGAGUUGGUGGCUGCUGCAUCUGCUGUUGCAGAUUCUCUCCCCUUUGACAAGCAGACAACCAAGUCAGAGCUGCUUAGGCAGCUCCAGCAGCACGAGGAAGACACAAGGGCACAGAAAGAUGGAGAAAGACCUAAAAUUAGUUUCAGUAACAUAAUAUCAGAUAUGAAAGUUGCCAAAUCUGCCACAGCUAGAGUUAGUACAAGACCAGUUCAUCAGAUUCAGUUUGAUGAAGGAUCUGACAGUUCUGUUGACCAGGAGAAGACAGUCGAUCUUAGAAAAAGGAAAAGUAUAUUCAAGGGGAAGAGACUUAAUAUUUUUGAUCUUAAGGCAGCUACUGAAGAGGCAUCUGAAACAGAAACAUCACCUUCACUUUGGGACGUGGAAUUUGCUAAGCAGUUAGCUGCAGUAAAUGAACAGUCCUUUCAGAAUGGUUUUGAAGAGAUGAUCCAAUGGACGAAAGAGGGGAAACUGUGGGAGUUCCCAAUUAACAAUGAAGCAGGUUUUGACGAUGAUGGUUCAGAAUUUCAUGAACAUAUAUUUCUGGAUAAAUACCUGGAAGAGUUUCCAAAACGAGGACCAAUUCGCCACUUCAUGGAGCUGGUGACCUGCGGCCUUUCCAAAAACCCAUAUCUGAGUGUUAAACAGAAAGUGGAACACAUUGAGUGGUUUAAAAAUUAUUUUAAUGAAAAAAAGGACAUUCUAAAAGAAAGCGGCAUACAGUUCAAUUGAAGACCAUAGAAAUUUGUAUUUUGAGCUAUUGGAGAUUGAUAUUUUAACUAAAUAAAAUAAUUUUACUGGAGGGUUACCGAUACUAUAUUAAUUAUUGCAUUUGAUUUGAAUGGUAUAAAUGUCAAAUUGUUUAGAAAUAUACAAUGGUAACUGAAAAAUACUCUUGCAUGAAAACAAUUGUCAGCAUUCAUAGAUUCAACUAGUAAUUCUUUUAAAAAAGAGUAUCUUAGAAUUAGUAAUAAGUUUGAAACAACUUUCUGUAACAUUUUCUUUCCAUUCAGUGAUCAUACUUCUUUGAAAUACAAUUAUUAGCCAUACAUAUGGUGACAUUGGAGGGCUAUAACAGUUGAGAUGAUUUAUAGACAGUUUUAUGUGCAUAGUAUAUAUGUACAUAUGUAUUUUUUUCUAUAUUUGCAUAUAUACAUAUUAUAUUCUUAUAUAUUUCACACGAAUUAAGGAUCCUUGCCUAAGUCUGUGUUGCUGUAGAGAAGUGACCUUGUUGAAAUAAAGGUCUUAUUCUAA